AUCGAUGCAGACUUGAGCACCGAACUCACUUGAGAAGUCCCAGAAGUCAUUGCGGCUGAAUAAGAAGAACGAGACUACUUGUGCCUGUGUGAGAGGCAGCCAAUUGGGAGACUUCUGUUCCGCCUCUACUGUGAGACCCAACCAGAGCUUCAGCGAUGCAUACAACUUCUGGAUGCCAUGGAGGAUUACGAGGUGUCCCCAGAUGAGAAGAGAAAGAGUCGAGGAGAUGAGAUCAUCAAGAAAUUUCUCAACAAGCAGUCCUCUGAGUGUGUGGAUGUUGCUGAAGGUCUUGCUGAAAGAUGCAAAGAGAAUCUAGAACUGAGCCCCUGCAAAGAAAUCUUCAGUGACUGUCGCAAAGCUCUCCAUGACUAUUUAAGUGGUGCUCCUUUUACGGACUAUCAAAACAGCAUGUACUUUGACCGCUUCCUCCAAUGGAAAAUGCUAGAAAGACAGCCCAUCACAAAAGACACAUUUCGGCAGUAUAGAGUUUUGGGAAAAGGAGGCUUUGGAGAGGUGUGUGCUUGCCAGGUGAGAGCAACAGGUAAAAUGUAUGCUUGUAAAAAGCUGGAGAAAAAAAGGAUAAAGAAGAGGAAGGGGGAAGCCAUGGCUCUAAAUGAAAAGCAGAUUCUGGAGAAGGUCAACAGCAGGUUUGUGGUUAGUUUAGCAUACGCAUAUGAGACCAAAGAUGCUCUGUGUCUGGUACUGACCAUUAUGAAUGGUGGUGAUCUGAAGUUUCAUAUCUAUAACAUGGGCACUCCAGGCUUCGAGAAGGAGCGUGUGCAGUUGUAUGCUGCCGAGAUCUGCUGUGGUCUAGAACAUCUGCACAGAGAGUCUAUCAUCUACAGGGAUUUAAAGCCAGAGAACAUACUUUUAGAUGAUAAUGGUCAUAUCCGAAUCUCAGACCUGGGUCUGGCCAUUAAAGUCCCCGAUGGAGAGCAAAUUCGUGGCCGAGUGGGGACUGUGGGCUACAUGGCUCCAGAGGUGAUCAAUAACGAGCGCUAUAGCAUGAGUCCUGACUGGUGGGGGUUGGGUUGCCUGAUCUAUGAGAUGACUGCUGGUCGAUCGCCUUUCCGAGCUCGCAAAGAGCGAGUAAAGAGAGAAGAAGUGGAGAAGAGGGUGCAGGAGGAGGAAGAAGAGUACAGUGACAAGUUUUCAGAAGACACCAAAGCCAUCUGCAGGAUGCUGUUAUCCAAAGAUCCCAAGCAGAGGCUCGGCUGUCAGGCAGACAGAGCUUCUGGAGUCAAAGCCCAUCUGUUCUUCAAGAACAUCAACUUCAAGAGACUAGAGGCUGGCAUUUUGGAACCUUCAUUUGUGCCUGACCCCAGGGCCGUCUACUGUAAAGAUGUUUUGGACAUCGAGCAGUUCUCCACUGUUAAGGGUGUCAACCUGGACCAAACAGACAAUGAUUUUUACUCUAAGUUUGCCACUGGCAGUGUCUCCAUCCCAUGGCAAAAUGAGAUGAUUGAAACAGAGUGCUUUAAUGACCUUAAUGUAUUCGGGCCACAAGGGACACGGCCUCCUGACCUGGAUUGGAACCAGCCUCCUGAGCCUCCUCGGCGUAGCCUGCUGGACAGGAUCUUUAGGCGACAUGUGAGGAUCUCCUCCACCUCCACAGAGGAACACCCCAGAGAACACAGUAGUUAACUACAGACCAGGUCAAACACCCCAUCAGGACAUCACACUCUCACACAUGUAGAGCAGAGCAGUGACGUUCAGGCUGAAGUACUGUACACAGGGCACAGCAUAACGUUUUAAAUCUAUAAGCCAUCACUUCAUGGAAGGUUCUAAAGUCUUGGGGGCAUAAAUGUAUUAUCAUUUUGUUCUUUUUUUAAGUCUCCACAGAAGAGUUGUCAGUAACACUUUAUAAUAUGGGACACUUCUGCAGUUAUUUAUUUACUAGGGGUGAAGUCGAAAAGUCAAAGAUUCUGUUUCGAUAGGUGAAUGAUUUGAAUGGCAAUCUCUCACAAUGCCUUGACUAACAUUAACAAGCACAGAAUUGGAUUUUAAUAAUAAGUAAACCUUGAACCCUAAUUAAUAAAUACUGUACAAGUAUUCAUUUUUUGUUAAUGUUAGUAAAUACAUGAACAAGCAUUAAAUAUUUGUUCCAUAUUGUAAGAUGUUACUGAAUUUUUAUCAUUGGUUUCACAAAUGUGCUUAUUUGAGAAAUUACCUCAAAUUAGUACAUAAUUUUCAAUGCUUUAAAUUAUUUAAACCAUGGAUCACUAAAACUAUUUUAGUGAUUAUUUGUAGUUUUCACUGGCCACAAAUCUGUAUUCGACGUUACUCCUGACACUCUCAACAUACACUCACCGGCCACUUUAUAAGGUACACCUUACUAGUAACUGGGUUAGACCCCCUUUUGUCUUCAGAACUGCUUUAAUCCUUUGUGGCAUAGAUUCAACAAGGGACUGGAAAUAUUCCUCAAGAGAUUUUGGUCCAUAUUGACAUGAUAGCAUCACGCAGUUGCUGCAGAUUUGUCGGCUGCACAUCCAUGAAGAAAACUUCAGGUUCCACCACAUGCCAAAGGUGCUCUAUUAAGAUCUGGUGACUGUGAAGGCCAAAUGAGUACAGUAAAUUCAUUAUCAGAAAAAACGUCUGAGAUGAUUUGUGCUUUAUGACAUAGGGCUUUAUCCAGCUGAAAGUAGCCAUCAUAAGAUGGGUACACCUUGGUCAAAAAAUUGAACAUGGUGAGUAACAAUACUCAGGUAGGCUGUGGCGUUGAGACAAUGCUCAAUUGGUCCCAAAGUGUACCAAGAAAAUAUCCCUCAAACCAUUACACCACCGCCUAACCCAUUGAUACAAGAUAAGAUGGAUUCAUGCAUUCAUGAUUAUGACACCAAAUUCUGACCCUACCAUCUGAAUGUCGCAGCAGAAAUCAAGACUCAUCAGACUAGGCAACGCUGUAACCCAUCUGCCUCAAGGUUGGACAUGUUGUGUGUUCAGAAAUGCUCUUCUGCAUACCUCUGUUGCAACAAGUGGUUAUUUGAGUUACUGUUGCCUUUCUAUAAGCUUGAACCACUCUGGCCAUUUUCCUCUGACCUCUGGCAUCAACAAGGCAUUUGCGCCCACAGAACUGCUGCUCACUGGAUAUUUUCUCUUUUUUGGACCAUUCUCUGUAAACCCUAGAGAUGGUUGUGUGCGAAAUUCCCAGUAGAUCAGCAGUUUCUGAAAUACUCAGACCAGCCCAUCUGGCACCAACAACCAUGCCACGUUCAAAGUCACUUAAAUCCCCUUUCUUCCCCAUUCUGAUGCUCAGUUUGAACUGCAGCAGAUCGUCUUGAACAUGUCUACACGCCUAAAUGCAUUGAGUUUCUGCCAUGUGAUUGGCUGAUUAGAAAUUUGCAUUUGCAGCAGUUGGACAUAGGCAUGGGACGAUAACCGUUUUUGUCAAGGUUUUAAAACCAUCAGAAUGUUCUGCUAUACCGUUCCUAAGGUAUGUGUAUGAUUUUUUUUAUUUUCAUUUUUAGUUUGUUUUUUAGGAGAACAGUAUCUCCAGCAGACAAAAUAUCCAAAGAUGCCGUUUUAAAUUGUAAAGAAAUCAGUGUUUUUGAAACUAAUGAAGACAGCAGAAGUCAAUGAAUGAUUUAAAUUAUUUAGCCUGAAGUGUUUACUGUUCUAAAACAUCUUAAAUGUUUCUCAAAAUAAAAUAUAUUGUGUUCUAAGGGGAAAAAACUUUUUGUUUUUUACCCAGACAUUUAAAAAGAAUACAUUUUAGAGCAGUAAUCACAAUACCGUGAAACCGUGAUAUUUUUAUCCAAGGUUAUCAUACCGUCAGAAUCUUAUACCGGUCCAUGCCUAGUUGGACAGGUGUACCUAAUAAAGUGGCCGGUGAGUUUAUUUUACACAUAGCUAUAUAAUAGGGUAUAUGCUGAGCUAGUGUUUUUCCCAUACUGAUAAACUUCCGGUGGUCUGUUAUUGUGAGUUUUUUCCAUUUUAUACGAUUCCUUUUACAGCAACAAUGUUAUAAUGUAAUUCAAAUACAAUCAGUUAUUCAAAUACAGUCAGACUUUGGCAUUCAUUUAGUUGCUCAAGCGUAAAACAAGACAAAAAGCCGUUUGCUGCACACACCCGUCAGAAUCGGCAGGCUAGCGCAGAAACUCCAUUGGUUAUACUGGGGUAAAAUAAAUGCUCAUAUUAUAAAGACGUGGCAGGAAAAAAUGUAAUUUAAUGCUGUGUGUCUUGUAAAAUCUGAGACCCACUUUACAUUGGAUAUCACUCAGCCAGUGGAGAUCGCUGAUUUUGAAAGAAAACAGACCUUAAACGCACCAAAUUUGCAUUGGCAUACACUUCAUCGGAAACGAUUAACCCAGGUUACUGGCAAAUUAAAAGUCCUAUUAGCAUGCUUCGGCAUAUACCUUCCCUGAAAUAUUGUCAAAUGAUUAUUCUGAAAUCAGUCCAAAAUGCUGAUUUGGGGCUCAAUAAAAAUUUCCUAUUAUUAAUGUUGAAAGCAGAUGUGUAAGUUGACAUUUGUAUUUGAAAGAGAAAUCCAUUGGAAAUAGAUUUACUGUCACUUUUGUUCCAUUGAAUUCAUCCUUGUGGAAUAAGAAUCUAGCUCUUUCAAGAAAAAAAUUAUAGACUACACAAUUUUAAGUGGCAGCAUUAAAUACCUACUGUUAACUACCUUUAUUUCCCAGUUGCAUUAAAUAUUCUUGCCAAGAUGCAAAUGAUUCUCUUAAUGACAACUUUGUGAUCUUUGUUGUUUGGAAAAAUCUAUAUCUGGCAGACACAUUUAGACUGAACUAAAAAGCACAUCAUGAAAAACGUUUAUUUAUUUAUUUUAUUAAUUUUAUCUAACAGCUAUUGCAGGAGAAACAUUUUUUUUUUAAUAAAACGAUUAAUAAAUAAUAAGAAAAAAUUCUACCUAAUUUGCAAUGUGUGUACUAAGUUUCAACCCUGAUUGUACAUUUGCAUGUGAAAGAGCAUGACAUCCAUCCAAGAGCAUGAUAUAACAG